AUGUGCUAUGACCGCUACGUUUCCAUCUGCAAACCCCUGCACUACGGGACCCUCCUGGGCAGCAGAGCUUGUGCCCACAUGGCAGCAGCUGCCUGGGCCAGUGGCUUUCUCUAUUCGCUGCUGCACACAGCCAAUACAUUUUCCCUGCCCCUGUGCCAUGGCAAUGCCCUGGGCCAGUUCUUCUGUGAAAUCCCACAGAUCCUAAAGCUCUCCUGCUCCAAAUCCCAAGUAAGGGAAGUGGGACUUCUUGCUGUCAGUGCCUGUCUGGUAUUUGGCUGUUUUGUGUUCAUUGUUUUCUCCUAUGUGCAGAUCUUCAGAGCUGUGCUGAGGAUCCCCUCUGAGCAGGGACGGCACAAAGCCUUUUCCACCUGCCUCCCUCACCUGGGUGUGCUGUCCCUGUUUAUCAGCACAGCCACAUUUGCCUAUUUGAAGCCUCCCAACAUUUCCUCCCCAUCCCUGGAUCUGGCCCUGUCAGUUCUGUACUCGGUGGUGCCUCCAGCCCUGAACCCCCUCAUCUACGCAGGCCCGCAAGCAGUUUCACCGGCCUUCCCGCCCCCUGAGCUGUUGCUAGGCAAUGACGAGGGUGCGUCUCCAGCUUCCAGCUCAGCGUCAGAGAAGGCAGAAGAGACAACACUUCCGCGAACCCCGGAGUCAGUGGCAGGGGAUGGCGCCGGCCCCGUGCUGCGCCUGCCGCCGCUUUCAGGGACAGGGGACACGGCGAUGGCGUGUUCCCGCACGUCCCCCCCACCUCAAGCCAAAACCGUCCCAGAGUCAGCGGCGGAAAACAGCGCUGAACCUGCGGGACCCUCGGAGCAGCCCACAGCUGAUCUUACAAUCAGCAUGAUUCCCUCCUCGGCCGGCUCCUCCGCGGCCAGAUUCACUGUCAUGUUCCGGGCCAGCCCCAGCAUCACCCACAGCCCCGCGGGCCCCCACCCCAGCCCGGCGCCCCCCAUGGCCAGCCCACCAGCCCUGGGCCCGCCCCAGGAAGCGGCCCCAGAGGCUGGUCUCUCCUUCAGUGGAGCGGGGGCUGCCCGCUAG